AAGUAGUUAUCAUUCACACAUAUACAUACUUAUAUAAUUUAUAAUAAUAAUCAACCAAUAUUAUCACUAAGAAAGAAUUAGAGAGUGCAAAGACUUUAAGAAACUUCAAAGAAUAGAGAGAGAUACAUAGACCGACCCACUACCAAACCUUCCGAAUAAAGCCAAGUAAAAAUGGUAGGCCCUUUAAUCCGUUCCCUUUUUUAUAUAUAAAAAAUGCAAAACAAAAAAGGGCCUUGAAAGGCUUUGAAAUCAAUCAUAAACCCAUUAUCACUAGUACUCAACCACAACCACUAACUUUUGUUUCUCCUCUCUUUUUUUUUUUUUCUCUCUCACAUUUUCUCUUUCUUUCUCUCACCACAACCACCACUUCUCAAUGUCCUCUUCCACCACCACAACAACCACCGUCCACGGCGAGCCUGAACGACGAACUUACUGGUGUCAUGAAUGCGAUAUGAGUUUAUCCCUCCUCUCCUCCUCCGAUUCCUCUCCUCUGUUAUGUCCCCAAUGCCGUCUCGAUUUCCUCGAACGUAUGGAUCACGAUUCUUCUUCUUCUAAUCUCUUUGACGUCACCAUCGGUGAUUUCGAAGAAGAUGAUGGAGACAACGAUGACGAAGACGAUGAAGAAGAUUGGUGUUUCGUUGAUCCAGCGGUUAAUUCCGAUGAUAAUUUCCUCCUCGAUAGUCCUUACCUUCACCGUCUUCUUCGUCAUCUCGCUUCCGAUAAUUCAGGAUCGUCUUCUUCUUCCUCCUCUUCAUCUUCUUCUUCGUUGUUGAAAUCUUCAGAUAUCGAUUCGAUUCCCACGAUUCAGAUCUCGUCUUCUAUGCUCUGUUCCACCGAUGAUUCAGAUCCAGAUUCCGUUUUACUCUGCGCCGUUUGCAAAGAGGAUUUCGUCGUCGGAGAAUCUGCUCGGAGAUUGCCGUGUAGUCAUAUAUACCACUCCGAUUGCAUCGUCCCUUGGCUCUCGGAUCAUAACUCGUGUCCGCUUUGCCGAUUUGAGCUACCUACGACGGCGAAGGUGGGAAUUGGUGGUUCGGAGUCUGAGAUGAGAAUCCGAUUAUCGGAUCUGGCUACGAUUGCUGCCGACGGAGAUGAUGUGGAAGACGAUUGGCUUGGAAUAAGAAACGCGUUGAGAAGACUGGCUCGUCGUCAUGAGCAGAUGAGAUUGGGAGUGGGAGAGAUGGAGAGGAAUUUGGCUCGGACUGUUUCAGGUCUUGGAAUUGGUUUGAGGAGAGGAGAGAUUGAAUCAGAGAGAAGAAGCAACGCCACAACGACGCCGUUGUAAGAACGCUUUUAAGCAAAUAUUUCGAAAUUCAAAUAAGCGUAUGUGUGUGAGUUUUUUUUUUUUUUUUUUUUUCAAAUUCUCAGCUCUCUGUUUAUUUAACAGAUCGGCUUUUUAAUCGAUUAUUGAUUAUAGUAACAAUAAGGAGAGUUGUUUUUUUUUUUUUUUGCUCAAUGCUUUUUUACUUUUUAGUCACAUGUUGAUGAUCUCUUUGCUUUUGUCUACUUUCGAUACAAUUAUUGAUGAAAUAAACGUACGUAACUGUAA